AUUACCAAUUCACUCUACACUCCACAUCUAUCAAUCAAUCAAACCAUAGAAACUCAAAAUCAAAUUAAGUUCUAAUCUAAAAAAAGCUUGGAAAAAAAUGUAUAAUCCAGGCAUCUCAUCUUCUGAUUUCGCUCUUCUACAGUCGAUUCGCAAUCAUCUUCUCCAAGAUGAUUCGCCAUCGGACGAUGGAAAUUCACCAAUGUGUAGUAGCCAAAGUGUUAGUUUUGAUUUGUUGACGGAGGACUGGAGUGAUAUUCUAUUACAAAUUGAUAACUCUAGUCAAACUUCGUCGUCUUCGUAUGGAGACGUAUCGGAUCAGUUUAAGGAUCAAAUAGAUGCCACAUUUGAUUUUGAUUUUGAUUUUGAAUCAACUGAAACAAGUUUGAAUAUAGAACCGAAUGCAGUUCAAACAGCGCCCCGAGAUAAGAAGAGGAAUUAUAAAGGAGUGAGGAGAAGACCGUGGGGAAAGUACGCGGCGGAGAUUAGGGAUCCGAAGAAAAAUGGUGCAAGGAGAUGGCUAGGGACUUAUGAGACACCUGAGGAUGCAGCUCUAGCUUAUGAUAGAGCUGCUUUUCAAAUGCGUGGUGCAAAAGCUAAGCUUAAUUACCCGCAUUUGAUCGGCUCGUGUGAUUAUGAGCCUGUUAGAGUUACCAAUAAGCGCCGCUCUCCGGACACCUCCUCCUCGUCUUCAUUGUGGUCAUUUUCGUUAUCGGAAUCCGACAAUGAUUCUCCGACAACAAAGAAAAAAAUAAUGAGAAAUUAAUUUGUACCAGGUUGGCUAAGCGUCAAUUAGAAGAUAGACUAAAAAAAUGGAAGACAAUUAUUAUUAGUCAUCCAAUUUUGUAUAUACAGUUUGACUAUGUUAAUUUCUCCUUACAUCAAUUCGAAAUAUUUAAGAAA